AUGACCACACGACUACCACAGCUCGUCAAUUGCACAGACACUAUGAACUUCCGAGGCGUGACCACUGACCAGCACAGACGUAACUUUGCCUUUGACGCUACCCACCUCAGAACCACACUUGGUCGCAGCAGCGCUUACUCAUGCAACAUUGUCUACGCUGACAUGAAGUUUUUUUUCGACCUAAUCGUCAUCCUUUAUUCUCCGCAGACCGAACCCAUAGCUCUCGCCGUGGAAGCAAAAGCUUCUGCGAGCUUCGCUUAA